GUUUCGGUAACUGAGGCCGCGGCUGGGCUCAGGCCUCAAGCCCGAGCCAAACCCAUGGCCGCCAGCGAGCUCCGGCCGCCGGACACUGUCCAGCGGCUGUUCCGCGGCACCAACGCCGCUUCCAACAUGAGCGUCCCUGUCGGCACAGCCGGCCGCCCAGGCCCCGGAUCCCGAGGCUGCGAGAACGGCGCCUUGAUGGGAAACUUUGGGAUGUUCAUCCAGGGCCUGCUCGGGGUCGUGGCCUUCAGCCUCUUGAUGCUGAAACGUUUCCGAGAACCAAAGUAUGAGAGACGACCGUGGAAGAUAUGGUUCUUGGAUACUUCGAAGCAGGCUAUUGGGAUGCUCUUUAUCCACUUUGCCAAUGUCUAUUUGUCUGACCUGACUGGAGAGGACCCGUGUUCACUGUAUCUCAUUAAUUUUCUACUGGAUGCCACUCUGGGAAUGCUUUUGAUCUACGCUGGCGUGCGAAUAGUGGGUGUCCUUGUGGAAUGGCGACACUGGGAGUCUCUUCGUUUUGGCGAGUAUGGGGACCCAGUGGAGUGCAGUGCCUGGGUUGGACAGUGUGCACUUUACCUGCUAAUUAUGAUGUUGGAGAAGACUGUGGUGAUUGUAGUGCUGCUCUUACCUCAGUGGAAGAAGGUGGCUCUGCUCAAUCCAAUCCAGAACCCACAGUUGGAGCUAGCGAUUGUGAUGCUUAUAGUUCCUUUUUUUGUCAAUGCGUUAAUGUUUUGGGUGGUAGAUAAUUUUCUAAUGAGAAAAGGUAAAACUAAAGCUAAACUGGAAGGAGAAGCUGGGGAAGACGACUCUAGAAGCAGCAACAAAGUCAGAUACAGAAGAGCAGCAUCGCAUGAGGAGUCUGAGUCUGAGAUUCUCAUUUCAGCAGAUGAUGAGGUGGACGAAUCUGAAGGUGAUGAGGACCUUAGGAGACUGAUGAGUUUAAAGCCUGUUAAAAAGAAGCUGCGAUUUGGGGGCCUCCCAGUAUGACACAGGGCCAUGUUCUUGUCCUUCAGAGUCAAAGGGGAAGGUCACGCCGUCACAGGAUGACACCUUUUCCUGCUCCAAACUGCAAUGUGAAAAUGGGCUGCAUAAAAUGGUGGAGUGGCACAAGGAUCUGAAAGAUUUUUUAAAAAGAUGAGAUUGCGAUGAUUGAAGUUGGCUAUUUCAGGAAAACGGGGAAGACAAUCCGGUUGACCAUAAACCGUAUCCAGUCCGUUGAAGCUGAUUUUGCAGGAAUUUUGCUUGAAUGCUUAUGGAGCUGGCUUCAAGAAGGACAUUAGAGUUUGUUUGAUAGUCCUCCCGCAAAAUACGGAGGGUGCAGUGGAGUGUAGUUUAAAUGUUACAGUAACUGCUGCAUCAACCAAAUCAGCGGAAGACUUGUGCAGAUUCACAGACGCUGCUCUGGAGCUGGGUCAAGUCCAUCGUGUUGCAAUGUGUACAGCAAUGAGUAUAUGAUGUAUAUACUUUGUAUAUCACUUUAUAUUAAAGUAUUGUAAAAUUCAAAACUAA